GCUAAGCUGGAAGACGUCGGUAUCGUGUCCCAGGUAAAUAUCUGAGCUGUUGAAGUAAAAAUGUCUGGAGCUGAGGGUUUGAGAGAGUUGAUCAUCGAGCGACUAACUGCUGCUGCCGAAGAAAUAUUCGGACUCUUUGAAAGAACUGUCGUCCAGUACGAGAAAGAGAUCGAUCGUCAGCGCAGACUGCUGGAUAUCACCUGGAAACCUGAGAUAAAGUUACACAGAAUAGACCUCCCACAGCAACAUAUAUGCAUAGAAGAGGAGGUUCUUACUCAGCAGCAGCUCUGUAAGUGGGAGAGGAAUUUAAAUCUGGAACAGGAGGAACCAGAACCUCCACAGAUGGAAGACAAACAGGAAGGAGCAGAACCUUCAAAGAUGAAAGAGGAACAGGAGGAACCAGAACAUCCUCAGAUUAAAGGGGAACAGAAGGAACCAGAACCUCCACAGAUGGAAGACAAACAGGAGGGAGCAGAACCUUCACAGAUGAAAGAGGAACAGGAGGAACCAGAACAUCCUCAGAUUAAAGGGGAACAGAAGGCACCAGAACCUCCACAGAUUAAAGAGGAACAGGAGGAACUCUGCAGCAGUCAGCAGGAAGAACAUCUUAUAUUGAACUGGGACACUGAUUCCUUGAUGGAGACUCCUUAUGAUGAAGAAAGAAAGUGCAGUGACCAGCUCCUCUCUCUUAACUCUUUUGUAUCUGAGAGCAUAGAUCAGGAAGGAAUCAACCAUGUAGACUUGGGAUCAAUUAGAAAUGCAGAGCUAAAUCCAAAGAAGAGACGUCGCACCGACACAAGUUACAGUAACAAUGUAGACAACUCUCCGUCAGAGAGCUGGUGUGAUACUGACACGGGUAAAAAGUCUAGAACAUGUGACAUCUGUGGAAAAGCCUUUAAGAACAAGUCUGUAAUGUCUCUUCAUCACAGACUUUUCCACAUGUGUGAGACACCUUAUCAUUGCAAGAAAUGUGGGAAAAGUUUCAUGCAUAGGAGGGGUUUGAUUUCACAUGCAUGUAGGAAACAUUUGAGUCAAACUAGUGAUGUGAAUAAGCACACAAGGACUCAAACACGUGAUAGGCCAUAUGGUUGUGACACAUGUGGUAAAAAGUUCAAGCAAAGAAGUGCUCUAACAGAGCACAUGAGGACUCACACAGGUGAGAAGCCCUAUGGUUGUGACACAUGUGGUAAAUCCUUCAGCCGAAAUAGUAUCUUAACUCAGCACAUGAGGAUUCACACAGGUGAGAAGCCAUAUCCUUGCAAAACUUGUGGGAAAUGUUUCCGGCAUUGUAGUGGUUUGAAUAAGCACAUAAGGACUCACACAGGUGAGAAGCCAUACAGUUGUGACGCAUGUGGUAAAACCUUCAUUCAAAGUGAUAAGUUAAAAAGGCAUAUGAGGACUCACACAAGUAAGAAGCUGUCGUCCUAAAGCAUCAUCCGUAUCAAGUUCAUCCUGGCAAACGUCAUCUUGAGUAGCAAGUGGAGGAUGUGAUGCAUCAUGACAUUGCUGAACUCUAUUGCCGAGCUUGAAGAUCUGUGUUUGCUUGCUGAUAAAAGUAACAGUGGUGUGACCAACCCUGAUAACAACCCACAUCCACAGAAAAUUGCAUCGAUUGUAAUGGAGCGGACAUAUUUGGUACAAAGUUGGACUUAUCAAAUGGGGUACUGGCAUUUCCCUCUUUUAAUGUAAACUCUUUUCUGUUCUGUACAUUAAAAUCUAAAUUCG